AUGGCACGCUUGAAACAUGGUUUCAAAUCAAAGAAGCAAAAGCACCGUCUUGAAGAAAUAUCCAAGCGACAGAAAGACAGAUGGAGGGUGAAGGAAACGUGUGCUUCCGUGAAAGUAGAUCACGACUUUUUGAAACUCAGCGCCGUCUCGUGGCGGGGACGUGGUGCCAAGCCUAGAUCAGACAGGGGUGGAUAUCAACGUCGCCGUGCUCCCGCCAGGGCGACGGGCGUAGGGGCAAGUGUAGUGAGGCGACACGCACGACUGGACACUCCCACCUCCAGUCGUCCCAGUUUAUCCUACACCGUAAGACUUGCCAGUCUUGGGAACACACAAUCCAAUGAAAGUUUUAACAAGACCGUGUCUAGCAAGGCACCAAAAUCUAGACAUUAUUCUGGCUCCUCAAGUCUUCACUUCAGGGUCGCUGCUUCCGUUGCACAAAAGAAAGUGGGCCACAGCUACAUUAUAGCUGUUAACAGGACUCUUGGACUGUCACCUGGGACAUAUACCAGACAGCAUUUCACACUGAAAGAUCUUCCGCAUCGCAAACGAAAGGCUAUUGCAUCAACGAUUGAAGCUAAACAGCAUAGAUUACAUCUAAAGGUUAUGAGAAGUCAGAAGCGAACAGUUCAAGAAGUCAGAGAAGGUACGACAUACUCUGCCAUGGUUGACAUGUCUGAGGCGACUGACACCGAUGACCUAGUUAGCAUUCCUCCACCACUUCCUGUACCUGUCCAGAAGCCUCUUCAGCUUAACAACACCACAGAGAUAUUCUUUGAUCUUGAAACUACUGGCUUAGCGAGAACAUCCCAUGUGACACAGUUAGCUGCAGUCCGGGGUGAAGAACGAUUCAACCGCUAUGUUGUACCCGAGGUACAGAUUACUCCAGCUGCUGCACAGUUCACAAGCAUACGUGUUGAGGGGAGAAGGAUGUUUCACUACAGUGAAGAAGUUUAUCCUGUAUCUUUAAAGACGUACUGUACAGACUCCUUGGCACGGUCUAAAGCUAUAAAAGCUGAUCUUCCAAGCCUUCAACACCUUGUGUGUGAAAAGGUUUUAUCUACAAAUAUGGCCAGAAAGAUAGCCUCUGCUUUGACCACUUGA